UAUUGCGCCCCUAAACCAACGUACUGGCAACGCUACCUCCCCGGAACUCAAACUUUAACUGAACAGUGACCAGCCCACCAGGUAGAAUGUCCACCAUCACCCAAGGAAUUGAUCGCAUUCACGAUUCUCUCGGCUUUCUGGUCCUCAAUGAAGAUGGUGCUGUACAUACUUUGUGUUGCGCUGAUGCCUCGUGAUGGUAAUAUGAUUGUGAAGUCCAGAAGGAGACAAGGCAGAAGAGGGAGUGUAGCGAGUGUGGAACGUUGAGCAGUAACUGUGCCAGUCACACAGGAUAGACUCGACUGUCAUGAUGGAGAAACGUGGUCACUCCGUUGAUGUCAAAAUUGAGCAACCAGACUCUGAUUCUGAUGAGACGGAUUAUGUUAUUCAUGAGAUCCGCAUCAAGUCAAAAAGAGGAACUGGGGUGGCCAUUGGGGUGUACAAUCCUAAUAGUGAUGAAAAGCCCAGUUCUCUUUUGGUGUGUACUAAUCCUAGCCUUGGUGCCGCUGCUAAUGUGAACUUGCCCGGGUCCGAAGGGAGAGAGCCGAAGGUUGAUAAGAUAAGAUGGGAAGACAAAGAGUCAAGUAACAUGGUACGUGUGAACAAUAUCAACAUGUUUAAGGUGGAGCCAGGAAUUUAUUCAGUAGUGGCUGACGAGGGCGAUAAGAUGAAGGUCCAAGUGUACGAAGCGUUGGAUGUGGACGAAGAGGAAUCCGAAAGAAGACCCCAGGAACAGGUCAGGGGAUUGGUGGCGCCACAAAAUAGAAUGAAGACCCGUAGAAGUUGGCAAAACCUCGGUUUUGAGCAAGACAUCAAUAAAGACCGAGGAACUUAUAGUGCAGCUGAAAAAUUCAAGUCAGUAUUUGACACUUCUCUACAAAAAAAUAUAACACUGGUAGACCAUGGUGUUGGACCUUUUGUGACUGGAACUGUAAAUGCGACAGUUGAUUCGAUAACACCUAGUUGUGUGAAUGGUAAUAAUCCUAACUGGUUUGGUGUGAGAGACAGAGGACAAUCGGAGAAUCCUGACAAGGAAUCUUCUGUUUAUGUUGGUCAGACAGUGAAAAUGGUUAGCAUUGUGCCAAAAAGAUUAGUCAACAAUGUUUACCAAGAUAGGGCGAGCAAUGCGAGUGACGAUGGCCCUCUUGUUGGUGGUGCCGCUGACAAUCUCAGUGAAGACAACGAUGGCAUUGAUAUUGGUGAUGACAGUUGCAACUUUGGGAAAGAAACUGAAAAUGAUGACAUGGCCUCAUUGAGUAUUUCGCCACAGGUUAAGGAUGAACCGUUGACGAUUGAGAUAUCUAAUGUCAGAACAACCUCGGGUUUCUUCACCAAACAGGGGGAAAAUGGAAAGGGUGGCCAAGGUGCUGCAGGCGUUGAUUGGUUUGACUGUCAAAGGUGUAACAGGAGGUUCAAGUAUUGGUUUCGACUUCAAAAACACUACUGCCUUCGACCAGGAACUGUUGAGACAUUGUUGGAAGCAAAUACCAAGGACAGCAUCCACGUAGAACCCGCAAAAGCAGGUGACAGUGCUGAUAAGGUACACUCAGAUUCGGUGGCCGCAGCGAAAAAGCCAGCAGCAAGUCUGAAGAAGAAGGGUAUUGCAGCACAUAAGAGUCAUGAGAAGACAGGAAAAGAUGCAAAGUCUCUGAAGUGUGAUCAUUGCAAUGAUAUCUUCGCGCAAAAGCUUCAUUUGGAUGAUCAUAGGAGGACUGCUCAUUGUGCAACCUCUUCUUUUGUUUGCGAUCAGUGUCCGAAAAGUUUUGAACACGAUGCAGCUCUUCGUACGCAUCAGUUAAUGCAUUCAGCUGGCAAACCUUUUGAAUGUGCCCAGUGCAGCAGGAAGUUCACUAGAAAACAUAGCUUGAAAUUUCAUUACAUGAGUGUUCACAUGCCACAAUCAGAAAGACCUUUUAGGUGUAGUUCUUGUCCGAAACGAUACGCAAGACUGGUCGAUCUAAAUGUUCACCUCCGAAUUCAUACAGGCGAAAAGCCUUUUGAAUGCAAUCAAUGCAGUAGUGCGUUCACAAAGAAAGAAUCCUUGAAAAUUCAUUGUAUGCGUGUCCAUGGGUCACAGUCCGAAAGUCUUCGACCGUUCAAGUGUAGAUUGUGUCCAAAAAGUUACACAAGAAAGUGUUUUCUGGAUGUUCACCUCCGACGUCAUACUGGUGAUAAUCCGUUCAAGUGUAAACAUUGUGGUGUUGUUUUUCCCCGAAAUGAAACAUUGAAAAACCAUUGCCUGCGUGUUCAUACUCCUGAUAAGUUGUUCAAAUGUGGGGAUUGUGACAGGCGUUUCGUCAAGAAAGCGUAUCUUGAAGUUCAUCAGCGGCAACACACCGGGCAGAAGCCAUUUGCGUGUAAUCAGUGUGGCGAUGCAUUUCAUCGAAAUGACCUCCUUAAAGUUCACAAAUCCCGGGCUCAUGGAGAUGGUAGUACGCCCAAGAACUUGUAUAAAUGUGAAGAUUGUGACAAGAGUUUUGUCAACAAGGUUUAUCUGGAAGGCCAUCAACGGAGACACACUGGGGAGAAACCGUUUGCGUGUGAUUUGUGUGACAAAGCAUUUUAUCGGAAUGAAGGUCUCAAAGCUCACAAAAUCAAAGCUCAUGGUAUCGGAACUCCUCUGGAGAAGUUGUUCCAAUGUAAAGACUGCGACAAGAGUUAUACCAACAAGAACUAUCUAGAAGUUCAUCGACGAAAACACACUGGUGAACGACCAUUCAAAUGUGAUCUGUGUGAAAAAGCGUUUCACCGUAAGGACCUACUUCAUGACCACAAGUUCCGAGCUCAUGGGGAUUGCACAGCAUCAUAUAAAUGUCACAUGUGCGAGAAGCAUUUUUUGAGAAAGGCCUACCUUAAGGAGCACGAACGUGUUCACACUGGUGAAAAACCAUUUUCAUGUUCUCAUUGUGAUAAGGCAUUUGGUACGAAAUACAGCCUGCAGAAUCACUUAUUUGAGAGCCAUGAAAUCGGUGAACCAAACACGACGCGGGUUAAGGUUUACCAAGCUGAUCUCCCCUACAAGUGCACAGAGUGUGAGAAAUCGUUUGCGACGAUAAAAAAACUCCUCUCACACAUGUGCGACUCGCACGACGUUGAAGGCAACAUUGAGAAACCAUUCGUAUGUGAAAUAUGCGGUCACGCCCAUGCCAACAAUACACUACUCAACUUGCACUCUCGCACACACUCCGACGAUGAAGAAGCGAAAUAUUUCGUUUGUCGACUUUGCAUGAGGUCUUUUGAGGGGAAAGCUGAACUUCAGUCGCAUGUUGAACACCACAAUGGUGAUUGCACUUUCAGGUGUGAGUUAUGUGGGAAGGGUUACGCGGGGAAGGAGUCUCUCAAGCACCAUCGCCUCACUGUUCAUUUUGGUGACCUGCCUUUUCUUUGUGAACACUGUGGGAAGGGUUUCUCCCGCAGAGGGAAUUACAAUAUUCAUGUUAAUACGCACACAAAAGAGCGUCAAUUCAAAUGUGAGAAUCUGCAAUGUGGCAAAGUGUUUAAUCGGAAAACGGACCUCAAAAACCAUGAAAAAACGCACAAAGUUGAGUUAUUCACUUGCGAGUACUGUAAGAAAGACUUCCGUGUUUCCAGCAGAGAAAGACACAUGAAAAAACAUAUUGGUGAAAAAGCUUUUAAGUGUGGCUACUGUGAUCUGGCAUUUCGGGUGCAAAGCGCCCUGAAGAGACAUGAGCGCACACACACCGGCGAGAGACCAUUCUCUUGUGUGAUAUGUACCGCAGCUUUCCCGCGGAAGGAUCGGUUAUUGAUUCAUUUGCGUAAGGUGCACAACCAAAAUAUAUGAGCUUUUGACCGUCGGUGUGUUUUGAUGAGAAGAGUGUACUAUUAGACAGCUAUGGGGUAUGAUUAUGAUGAUACAGAUGUUGUUCAUCAACUCCCAUUCCCACUCGAAGGUGAUUCCUUUUCCGCAUGUUAUGUCAUCAGUUCACGUGUGUUUUCCCAUCCUCCUUGGUGAACUCUGUUUGGAAAGUGACUUUGCCGCUGUUAAGUUGUCAUAAAUAUGUAUAUGGUGUAAAAACCAUUACUGGUCUUUCGCCACCUCAAAUUGUUCACUAUUUGUGCUGUUGCAGGUGCUACAAAUAAACUUAAGUGCUUUGUCUGAACUUGAUGAGAAUAGCCAGAUUUUUGGAGGGAGAGCUUUAGUUCUUUAAAAAAACUUACCUUUUUUCAUUUAAUUGAGGUUCAUGCAGGUGUAACAAUACGUAUGACCCUAUACUGAUCUUAUCACCAGCCAAAGAUCAUAGUGGUGAAAUCCUUUUCAUUGCAUUGCUGUAAAUACUUUCGCAAAUACAAAAUGCGUGUCAAAUCACUGAGUAAAGAUAUAUAUAAGGCGAGCUAGAAUGUAUUUGGUUAAGGGGAACUUACUUUUGUUGAGGUAAAUGUACAUGCAUUUAAAAGGCAAAUUUCCAUUUCUUUAUCAUUGUCCUUUGGUUAUGGUAGAAAGUUUGCUAGGCAACCUCUGCAGUGUAAAUUGAAUGUUGUAAAAAAGCCUGGAUCAUCAUGAUUGUAAUAAUCUAAAUCUUAUAAUAUGCAGCCAAUUGUAAAUUUGGGUUGUAGUGUGUAUGGUUACAAGUAUGAUAUUCUUUGAUAGAAUUGUAGUUUGUUUAUACAACCUUUUUUUUGUUAUCAGAAUUUUAUUCUUAAACACCUUGGUUAAUCAUUCUAUUUCUAACGCCAAUCAAAAAGUAUGCCGACUGUUAGCUGGUCGCAAACAUUUCAUAGUUAACAGUAAUUAAUCUAAGGUUUGUUUUCUCCUUCCUAUCAUAUUUCUCAGCAUGGCUACAAUGUAUGGGCGCAAUGAUUUUAUUGCAUGCAAAAUAAGAGUGUUUAAUGAUUAGUAAUAAUGUUGAUGUAGUCUCUGCAUGGAGUUAUAUAGAUGUAUCUAACAAAUAUAUAUACUCAAGC